UCUGCUUAAAUCGAGCACGCCCACCCGCAUCGAGUGGACGCCGUGUCGGACUCCCAUGGCCGACCGCGGACGCCGUGUCGGACUUCCACGCUUGGUGCUUCCCUCGAUGGAGACGCACGGAAGAGUAAAGUAUCCCGAGUGAUUCGUUCUGGUCGUAGCUUGUUCUUCCAAUCCCUGUAACCUGCAGAGGUAGCAAAGGUUUCGUCUCGCUCCGCCGCCGCCGCCGCCGCCUCCUCCUCUGGUGUAGUCGUUGGUGGGCGCUAUUGCACCUUUCCCGCCUGCAAAGUCAGCGAAGUCUUCAACCUUUGGCCGGGAGAAAGUCUCGAGCGAUUUUGGGUCUUUCUGACGGAGGAGCUCCUCAUUCUUUCUCAUGGCGGCCGGUGGUAGCUUCGAUCAGUGGCAGAAAGAUGCAUUUUUUACCGCGGCGGAGGAGGUGCAGGAAUCGGCCGAUACACUGGAAUCCUUCUAUAGAAUGUGGAUGAGGAACCACAAAGUUAGGUUUGAUUCGGAAGCAUCAGAUGAGUUGCAAAGGGAACUCCAAACUGCUCUGGGAACUGCAAAGUGGCAGCUGGAGGACUUUGGAAAAGCUGUCCAAAUGAACCACAGAAGUCUUUCUUCCGAGGAUACUGCAGUCAUUAGGCACAAGCAAUUUCUUUCUGUAAUUGGGAGCCAAAUUAUGCGAAUCGAGAAAGGGUUGAAUGGUUCAUUGAUUGAAGAAGGGAAGCAACCCCUACGUUGGGUUCAAUUAGAUAAACAAGAACGAGACGACCUCGCGGAUUUUCUUUCUGGGGUGCCAAGUGAUCGACGACAAGCAAAACAUGUCGAUCGUUAUUGUUAUGAUUCCCCUUGGAGCUAUGACAGCGAGUGUAUGUUGAAUAAGAGAGAUGCAUUUGAAGUUGUGAACAAAGAAUCAUAUGAAAGGAAAGCCACAGAGGUAGAACAAUCUCGUGGGCAAAUUAAUCCAUUAAGUUCAUCAGAAGCUGGUGAUUGGAAAAUUGUUAUUGCCGAUGAAGAAACAGAAAAUACACCGGUUGAAACUAGAUCAGAGGGGCUCACUCAUAUAUCUGACAAGAUUUGGAAAUCUAAGACUCGGAGGCAUGACUUAUCGUAUUACUUAAAAGGAGUGACUCGGUUCAUUCAGCGAGUUAAUGGAAUGAAUGCAAGGAUCAGAAAUUGUUCAAAUGUUUCCACUUCACAACAUCUUAUCGGGAAAGUUGGUGCAUUCCGAAGACGUACAGACGAAGCACGACAACAAAUGCAUGUUCUCCGAUAUCUAUGGAUGACUUGUUUACUUCUCUUGAGCAUUGUUUUAGUCAUACCAUUCGUGCUAUAUUCAGCAUGAAGAUCUACACGUUCUGUUGCUUUAAAUAGCGGGUUGUUGUAUCAACAUCCGGAGCAUAGGAAAUCAAGGGUAUUCCUUAACAAAUGGAGCAGAAGAACUAGUUUCUUUGUUUUUCUUGUUCCCCUAUUGAAUCCAAGUAGCCAUGAAGGAUUUUGACUCGUUGGAUGAUUAUUAAUAAUUUGUAGCAAGCUAAAACAAAUUUCAUCAGUGCGAAUCGACAAUUAAGAGUAAUCAUAUUUAGCGAAAA